AUGUUCGUCGACGAUACACCGGAAAGAGACGCCGAAGUGCAGCACACCCACAGUCACGAAGGAAGCCGGAGCCGGCAUUGGUUAGGUAGCGACGAGGCAGAUAAGCGGGCAGAGGAGAAAGACGCCACUAUAUCCAUCGGGUCCAACAGCAAGCAGGUCGAGAAGAUGAUCUCACCCUUCUUUGCCAAACAUAUACCCGGACAGUACAACCCUCUCGGCGAAUAUGCACAGCCAUUCUCGAACGCCAACAAGUCGAGCACAAAGUAUUGCUAUCGCCACCGCCCGGAUUUGAAGUGCAGGAGACAAGCGGACGAGCCGUCGAUGGAGCAGUUGCAGAGUGAACUCGGCACGCUCUCUCAAUCCGACCAGCAAGCCAUAAGCCACGUUUGGUCGCUCUUCUCCGCCGCUCCAGCGAAGCACCGAAACCUCAUGCUCCAAGGCAUACUCGCUCAAUGCUGCUUCCCGCAACUGUCAUACAUCUCCUCAUCCGUCCGCGAGCUCAUCAAGAUUGAUUUCAUUUCCGCAUUGCCUGCCGAGCUCGGCUUCAAGAUACUGUCGUUCCUGGAUACCACGUCGCUAUGCAAGGCAGCUCAAGUCAGUCAAAGAUGGAGGAGUCUUGCAGAUGAUGACGUUGUAUGGCAUCGGAUGUGUGAGCAGCACAUCGAUCGCAAGUGCACGAAAUGUGGCUGGGGGUUGCCGCUGCUGGAAAGAAAGAGACUACGGACUGAGAAGCGACAGAUUCAGUUGCGCGCAACGGGACGAGGGCUGAACGAGUCCCCGGUGGAUGUCGUCCAAUCUAUUGAAGCCGCACCACAAGCUCAAGUUAACGUAAGAAGUCGUGAACCCAGUGCUGGACCUCCAGAAUCUUCGACAUCAGCCGGGCGUGCCUGCACCCAGUCGAUCCGCCGUGAUAGCAGCCAGGAAGGCCAUGACGAGUCUCAGUCUCGCGUGCGGCCAUGGAAAGAUGUGUACAAAGACCGCUUCAAGGUCGGCACGAAUUGGAAAUAUGGGCGGUACUCUGAAAAGGUCUUCAAAGGCCAUACCAACGGUAUCAUGUGCCUGCAACUCGAGGACAACAUCUUAGCGACCGGCUCGUAUGAUUCGACUAUCAAGAUAUGGGAUCUGGACAGCGGCGAGGAAAUCAUGACGCUCACCGGCCAUACAGCUGGCGUCCGCUGCCUGCGCCUUGAGGGCUGCACCCUCUUUUCUGGAAGCCUGGAUCGCACAGUCAAGGUAUGGAACUGGCGCACCGGCGUCUGCAAACGUACCCUCACGGGCCACAGCGGCGGCAUCAUCGGAUUGGACUACGACGCGAGCGCCAACACGCUAGCAACAGGAUCUAUGGAUAAGACUAUCCGGAUCUGGAACUUCAGCAAAUCGGGCACAAGCACCACAUUCUUGUUCAAAGGCCACACGGACUGGGUGAACGCAGUCAAGAUUGAUGCCGCCUCGCGAACUGUUUUCUCGGCAAGCGACGACUGCACCGUCCGGCUAUGGGAUCUCGACACACGGCGGUGCAUCAAGGUCUACGAGGGCCACGUCGGCCAGGUCCAGCAGGUCCUGCCGCUGCCGCCGGAAUUCGAGCUUGAAGACGAUGCCCUCGACGGCAACACGCACUCCGAUGAUGAGGACAGCAGCACCACGUCUUCCGACCGCCGCUACAGCGUAACGGACGCGCAGCUAAACUCCUCACCACCCCCACAAGCGGCCAACGGAGCCGCAACGGUGCCGCCACUCCUCUCUUCCAGCGACCCGGAUCGUGCCCCACCUCCCAAGUACAUGCUCACGGGCGCGCUCGACAGCACGCUACGCUUGUGGCACACGGCGUCCGGCCGCUGCAUCCGCACCUACUUCGGCCACAUCGAGGGCAUCUGGGCGCUGGCGGCCGACACGCUGCGUGUUGUCUCCGGCGCCGAGGACCGCAGCGUCAAGAUCUGGGAUCCGAGGAGCGGCGAGUGCGAGCGCACGAUUGCGAGACAUCGCGCCCCGGUUACUUGUGUGGGCCUCAGGGACUGGGGAUUUGCGACUGGGGGGGAGGAUUGUGAGGUCAGGGUUUACAGUUUUAGGGGAUAG